AUGUCAGAAUUAGAUAUUGUGAUAUUUAGGGAAAUGCCAGAUGACGUCCAGGCGAUACUCCGCGGCUAUGAGCCCUCAGAUACUAGCGAUGACGCGGUGCACGUCCUUCGCGACACUUUUAAGUACCUACCUGCGGACGGGAGACGCAACCUUGGGCAAGACAUAGUUGAGGCUGGAGCGCAGGGCAAGUUACAUCAACUUGCACAGAGCAUAAUCACUGGCCUCCUAACACCCCUCAAAGUUGCUGGUGAUAAGACAGCGAAGAUUACGCCUUCGCCGCGAAUUGGCUUGGAAGACUCACUAGAGGAUCUUGCUGCUAUGACAGACAAGUCCAUGACCCGUCUGAAACGGCAACAGCUCCGAGUGGAAGCGCUACGGAGAGAACGCAACAAAUGCGUAAUCUCUGGCGGGUACGACGUCAAUCUAGAAGACGAGUAUCCCGACGAGGUCACAGCAGACCUCGAGACAGCGCACAUUAUACCUUUCGCCAUUUCAGAAUUCGACGGUGAUGCUGAGCGCCUGCGGAUAGUAAAGAUCUGGUCAACUAUGUUCCAAUACUUUCCAAGCAUUCGGUCGAGGCUCAACUUCCACUAUGAUCAGAUCAACUCAUUGACAAAUGUCAUGAUGAUGUCAGCCGGGAUGCACAAACAGUUCGGACGGUUUAGUAUGACACUGGAAACAACGGACACCUUGAAUCAGUAUUGCGUGAAGACAUUCCGUCGUUUCGCCAGAGAUCAAAAUAAUCAUCUUCCAAAGGAUGGGGUUGUCAAUCUUAUAUGCCAUGACGGACGAUAUCCUUUGCCGUCCCGUGAACUACUUGAGCUUCACUGUGCCGUGGCUCAUAUUCUCCAUGCCACGGGCAGGGGCGUGAAGAUUGACAGAAUUAUGCAAGACUAUGCUGCCACUGGCGCAUUCGCCCGUGAUGGAAGCACGAAUAUCGCGGAGCUGUUGUCUGUCAGCAGCCUCACGUUGUUGCCCACGGUCGAUGAGCGCGGUUUUGGGAGUGUAUAG